AAAGAUAGUAAGCAUUCGACGCGAUAUCAAAUCGAAUCGAACGUAUCUCACGAAUAACGAACAUAAAAAAUGUUGUUCCAAACUCUUGUUGCCGCCUUUUUCUUUACCACCCUGGUACAGGCAAGAAAUAUAACCAUUCAAAAUAUUGGAAGUCGAUCUUUGUCAGUUUCGAUCACAGGACAGAAUGAUUUCACAGUAUUACCAAACGGGGCGGUACUCGUAGCAGUCUCUGAAGAUUUUUCCGGUACUAUUUCCGCUGUACCGGUUGGUUCUGAAGUAAAAAACGUUCGUACACAAGCACAUUUUACUUUAGGUAGCAUUUCAGACACGUUUGCCGUCUCUCUCAUUGAAGGAUUCAAUGUCGGUGUUAAGAUUGUUUCUAUCGGUUCAAAUUGUGGCAAGUCAGUUUGUAUGGCCAACCUCCUUACUGUUUGUCCUUUGGCCAACCAAGUGAUUAGUAGUGUAGGAACUGUCGAGGCCUGUACCAAUGAUGUAACCACUUUCAGGUGGAAAUGCCCUACAGCCGUGGUAGCUGCUGAAGACUUGGCGGUAACUUGCACUGGAGCGUCGUCCUACAAAGUACUUUUUGUUUAGGGAUAAUUUGAACUUACGGAAAUCGUGUUAAUUUCAAUAAAUUCUAAUUUCUG